AUGACAGAGGACAAGACCCCGUGGUCAUUGUCCUGGUUCAGAGCGCAGGGGUUUGAUUGCGAUCUUGAUGCUUCCUUUGAUUUUGCAAAAGACAAACUACAGCCUUCUGGAGCCUUUUCACAGAUCGAUCCGUCCCCUGUGCAGAAGUCCUCAUCUCCGCCAGACCUUCGGCUAGCGUCUCUUGAACCACCGAUCUAUGCUGAUGAUAGUUCGACUAGCACUUCGGACGAAGCUCAACUAGAACUCAUUUCCCAAGCUCUUAGUCAACUGACAUCUCUCACAAAGUGCACCCCAGACACCUCCUCCCUGGCCCAGGAAACGUUUGACAAACAUGUCACUAGCUCUGUUGUCGAGGCUUCUAAGUUGCUCCACUCGAUUGAUCGUAGUUUGGCAUUGGCCUCAUCAUCCCCACCCAUUCCUGAAAGUGAGCCACCGGCACCCACAUCCUACCCUCUGAUCCCUAAACCAACACAGCUGAUGGAUGAUGGGUCUGCCAUGCACACCUUGCCUAUGAAGAGGGUCAACCUGAUUGCUGGAGAGCUGAGGCUUCUUCAGCAUAAGAUCGGCGUUGCAGAGACCGAGCUUAUUCAGGCAGAACAGGCACUAUUAGCUAUCCCCGAUACAAACAGGUGUCGGAGACAGCAUCUACUCGAACAGCACGCAGCAAUUUCUGCCCAGUUGAAGACCUUCCGGGAGCAGUGGCAGCUCAUCGUCAAGGAACAAACACUGCAACUGAACGAAUUGCGGCACAACAUUGUUUACUACAAUAUAAGCGCGGACUCCGGACACAGAUUACCUCGCAUAGACUUACAGACAGAAUAG